GAAAAUUUUAUGACACACAGUUUAGCCCACAGGCUGUGGGCUGAUCCUCAUGAUGUCUCCUUCUACCGCCUUUCUAGCUUCGCCCUCAAUGCCAGCCGACAGGGACCGCUCGGCGGCCUCAAUCCUUUUAUCAUUGUCUAACGACGAAGUGGUACAGCAAGAUGUCGACACAUCGGAUGACCAACAUAACUCUAGUGAUUUUGCCAACGCCAGUCGGAAGGGCCAGCCUUGGACGGAGGAGGAGCACCUGGCGUUUCUUCAGGGACUCCGCAAGCUCGGGAAGGGCAAUUGGCGUCAAAUUGCCAAGUCCUUUGUGCCUUCACGCACACCAACGCAAGUAGCCAGCCACGCUCAGAAGCAUUUUAUGCGCGUCGCUGGCAUCACCAAACGCAAGAGCCGCUUUACGAAGCUGGAGGUUUCAGAGGUCGUGGCGGCUGGCAUCUCAUCACAGCCUGAGACAUCAGAGCAUGUUGCCGAAGACUCGCAGCAGGUUCCUGAGCAGCAGCCUGCGUCGGCUGCCCCGCCGGCCAUGCAGGUGCCCUUUCCAACCAUGCCGUUCCCGUUCAUGAAUCCAAUGAUGUUUGGCUUUCCGGGGCCAUUCUUUCCUCCAUUCAUGUGCCCGCCACCGGCUUUCGCCGCGCAGUUGCUGAGCGCCAUGCAGAAACAAGGUCCUCCCCCUAUGAUGAUACCGCCAAUGUUCCCGAUGGCCGCUAUGGCGACAAUGAACCCUUUCUUCAUGGCGCCGCACAUGGCGGCCGCGGCGCAGAUGGCAGCCACCGCGAACGCCGGGGCAGCAGCCCAGGCCGCCACCAGCGGGGGCGUGACCACGGCGGGGACGGGCGCAGCAGCAACAUCGGACACAGCGAACUCGGACGAGGUUGCGCGCCGGUCGAACUCGACGCCGAGCAGCCCAGCAAUGUGCAAGCCUGAGGCCCACCACGCGCGGCCUUGCGCGCCCGCGCCCGCGCCCCCUGCGUCCGCACCUACGCAAGCAGGGUCUGCGUCAGAUGGAUCGGGUGCGACCUCGGCGAAGGAGCCGCGAGGCGGCAGCGUUAACGGCGGUUUCCAGCAGCCGCCACAGCAGCGGCCGUCGGGCUUUCCUGUGUCAGGGCUUCCGCUCGGCGAGGGGCUAACGGGCUUCCAGGCAUCCGCGCAUUCGGCGUUCCGACCGCCUCAGGAUGUCAAGGCGGAGUGUUGAGGGGCUCUGUGGGUGCCGGUGCCAUGUGCCUCGUACGAGGUACUAUCGCGCCUCGCCAGGGUCUUGGUUACCCGUACUGUCGUACCUCACCACCUGCGUCAUCCGCCUGCGUUUCGCCGAAUCCUAGUGCGCAGCAAUCCUACCGCCUGGCGCUUUGCUUAAAUUCAUGUUGAUGGCUCGACAUAUAACACACAAACAGCGGCGUAGCAGCGCUCGACGGUCGUCGCGUCAUGGCGGCGUCCGACGGCCCAUAUUGCGCCGUUUCUCGCUCGCUUGGAGAGCCUUGGGUCGUCGAUAAUAAGCCUUCUGUUCAUUCCAUUUACGGAGGUGCCUAUGCUGCUGCACGGGUGAUUGCGUCCUAUAAAAGUACGCGCUUUUGUACCGGAGGGCCCCCUGCGUUUCUCAUGGGGGCGUGUGGGAUUCUGGAGCCUGGCAACUGCAGUGCAGCCGCGGCAUUGAUGACUGUACCUGCCCGUCGUCGCGUUGUUGCCUUUGCUAGCUAGCAUGGCGAGUAAUCAGUUGCGCCGCACGCUUUGCGCUGCUACUGUCGUUACCACGUUAACUGCAGACCUGGAGAUUACCACACCAGACGACCAGCACAUGACAACCGUUCGUACAUGUCUUGGGAAUGGCGAUGUAUCUUUGCCGGUUGUGGGGGCAACUUGGAAGGAUGAGUCCCGCUUGCUCUUUGCGGGUUGAGUGGCGUCGUGAUGCUACAUGCAGCAGUCUUUCGUACUUGGAUCAGUGCUUCUUGCGCCGGAAAUGCCUUGGUCAUUACGCAGCGUGUACGGGGCAGCAAGCUUCAUUGUUCUGCUGGUCGAUUGAGGAUCAUGUCAUUGUCGCUUUUCAUAGUAUUCAAGCGUCUUCUAAACCCGACAUUGACUUUGUGAUGUUGACGGUGCGCUGACGGUGUGCAGCGUAGGGAUAUAAGGUUGACCAAGCCAUUGCUUCUUGUACCAUAGCGACGAUUUGGGUCGGUUCUGAACGCGGGUAGCGGCUGCGGGAGCGAUGGCAAGCGGUCAGCGGGCGCUGCCCGUGCGCGCGUCAGGGCUGAUGUCCAUUGGUUUCGAAGGGACGGCACUUGUGCUGGCAGCACACAGUUCCGACUCCGCGCGUUGACCCCGCUUGCCAGUGCUCCCUGACAUCCGCUCUUUCAAUGGCCGACGCUGCUGCUGCUGUCGCUGCCAAGUUUGCAGCGACAUGUCUCAGGAUGUCGAGGGUACUUCAAGUAGGGGGUACAUGAUGUCGGGUGGGUGGGGGAUAGGGCUUGGUUUACCCCUUGUGGCUUGUGCUGUGGUGGAUGUGUUGGCUGUGCUGCAAUUGCUGUUUGGAAGUCUAGAACUUGGCCGUACAGUUGUACGGCUUAGGAACUCAUCUUAAGAAGUGGGGAGGUUUUAUACGCUUUUUCCACAUGAACUAAAAGUAGGAACAAGGAUGGGUAGUAUCCUGGGUAUUGUUUUUGCUUCCAGGCAUUCCCUGAGAUUUUGUGGUAUUGCUGCGAUGCUGUUGGGGCCCGCAGCUACUCUUGUUUUGCCGUGCAUUGCGUGGCGCUUAGCGCGUGGGCGGCGAUGUGGGUGCUGACAGGAUCUUGCUGUCUUUCGUUGCGGCGGGCGAUGGGUGUUUCAGAUGAUCGGCUGCUCCUGCAUCUGAUAUUCUUCAGCAGGUUCGUUCGUUGUAGGUUUGCCGCGUGCUGUAGGCGGCGGCGAAGGUGCGUCGAAUGGCACGCGUUAUUGCGUUCAGAAGGAGUCAACAGGACAUGCAUGCCUUACGUGACGAUAAACAUUGGGCAGCAAUACGGACUCAUAACAAUACCGUACGGCAACGUUUGCCGUACACUUAGCAGUAGAUAUUUUGUGAGCGUUCAUUAGUUUUGGGUGGCGGCGAGAUUUCGAGAUCUGACAAGGAACCUACAAUUUGGCAACACUCAAUGCAGUAAUUGGUGCUGGUGACGUAAAGUGUUGAUUGGUCAAUUGUUUUUGUUUUGGCCCCAUCGCCGGCAUUGUUUCGUUCUUAGCGGCGACGUACAACAUUCUUGGGGUUUGUGUGAGGCGGUGUGAUGGGACAACGUCGAGGAUAUAAGUCCCCUGGCAACACUUAUCUCUUGCCGGUUAGCCGGGAAAUUGGCGGCUAAUGGUCUGUCCUGUUGGUCCCCCCCAUGGUUUUGUUUUGAUGGUCUUGGUCACCUGGUUGAUAUGCAUUGUGGUUGUGAUGUGUCGGGGUGUUUAAGAAGAGGUAAUGCCGACUCUAUACCGCCAUGCAGGCUUCAAGCCUCCUUUCGACUUGACUAACCUAGCGGCGCGUGUAUUGGGGAGUGCGGUGUGGUGGAGUUGAAGCUAACCGGGAGGUUUCCUUUGGCAGGAGCAUGGUAGGCGCAUGUGCGACGGUGCACAGCAGACGAGCAUUGGUGCGGCUUGGCAUGGCGCCGUAAUGUGGAGGGCUUGUCUCAUGCAGAUUCAAUGGCGGCAGCCGCCAACGCGCUUCUUUCUGUCAUCACCGAUAGUUGAGGUUGCAUGCUUGGGCGUGUUAACCGCAUUGUUUGGUUCAGUGGUCAACGGCAACUGCAGCGACUGUCCUUUGGGGCUGUGCUGUCCCGUUUGCUGACGGGAUGUUCGGUUAGGGACAGUUAUAAUGAUGCAGGGCGAAGACCAGUGGGCGGUAAUCUCUAGUCUGUGUGUUUGGCGCAUUACAUGUUGGUCGGUAUACCUCUUGUAGAGUUCUAUGAUGGUUGUCUUCGGCGCCGUGUGUUGUUUUAAGGACGGCCGAGCGGAUGUCUUCACAACACCGCACGCAUGCCCUAGUACGGCAAUAGCGACGUGCGGAGUGUACGGGUUGCGCAGUUCUGGCUUAUGGUUUGGAUCCCGCUGUUCCACCUGGGCUAUCUGUCGUACACCUUGCCGUGUGUGUGUCCCCUCGGAACGCCCAGUCAUAUGGUGCAUUUUGUUCGGUGGUAAAAUUUCACUUCUUUCGUGGUGGUUUGGUGCUAUGGUCGCAGUAGCAGGGAAGCUCGUAUAGCAACCGCAGCAGCAAGGACUAUACAAUAUGCGCUGCUAUUAACAGCACUUUGGCGAAGAACCCUGUUCUGGUUGUUUGGAGUUAGGAAGUCUUUGCGCAUUGCCGGCGGUAACAUCUGUGAUGGUGGUGGUUGCUUAAUAAUUGCAGCAUGGCUCCGGUGCCAUGCAGAGUGGCCGAGCGCGGGUUAUGAGGCCUGUAGUCAUGCAACGUUGCACGAUUGGUGCUGCUGCUUGUACCGGCUGCCCGAGUCUGAGGCUUAGCGUUGCAUCGGCUAGUCCUUGCUGUUGAAAUUGCCGAACAUUCACGACUGUGGAAUGUCUUGCAGAGUUACAGUGGACGCAUUAGUGGACGCAUUGAGUUAUGUAUGUUGCAUUAGUAUGUUACGUAUCGUUGGUAGGUGGAGGUUGAGUUUGCAUGAAAGCCAACAUUAAGCUCAACAGAGCUACGGUAAUCGGACUGGGCUGGUUGUGUGCAGUAGCAUGCUGCGGGAAUGCUUGAAGGCAGGCAGUCGAACCCAUUCACGCCGUUCCCGGCCUUCGUAUGGGGUUUAACAACUGUAAGGAAAGUAAUGCAC